UCAGCUCAGCAGCAGCUUCCCCUUCCCUCACUCGCACACGAAACCUUAGCCACUACAUUUCUCGGUCAUCGAAUCCCCCCUCUACUGACUCGGACGCUCGCUGUCAUCAAUUUCCCCUUCCCUUUCCUCUUGCUUAUCAUUUUCAUCUUAUUCUUUUGUUUUAAGAUAGAUCCAAAAAAUGCCCAUAAUCAAAAUCCCUUCUUUUUUUUUUUUUUUGGGUUUAGAUUAUUAGAAGAUGGAAAUCUGCGUAUCGAGUCAUCUGGGGGGUGUUGAAAUCGGGCUGAGUUCAUCCUCUCCUUGUAAUUUCUGCAAUUAUUAAAUUAUUUUUUAAAGAUUAAUAAAUGUGAAAAAAGAGAGUUCUUUUUACGAUAAAGUGGAAAAAGGGGUCUGCUUUAAAAGGCCGUACUUUGUUCCUUUUGCUCUUUCUGGGAAUUUUACUCGAGAGGGUUUUGUGGGUUUUGGGAUAGACAGACGGAGAGAGAGAGAGAGAGAGAGAGAAGGGACCAAAAGAGAGAAAGAGGAGACUUUUUUUUCAUCUAAAGGUUUUCUUCAUCUCGGGUCUGCCUAAAAAGUCUGCUUUUCAGAGCGUUGUUAGGACACUGAUAAGGCCUUCGCUUUCUGGUGAUGGGAUACGGGUUUUGGUGUUGAAAGUUUUGCAGUAGCAGAGACGAGGAGGAAGAAAUGAGCCCCCAGAAUAUGAUUCCGGGCAUCAAGCUCUUCGGGAGGAAGAUUCCGGUGCCUGAGGGUCAGAUUCCGGCGAAGCCCGACGCCGGUUUCCAGAUUCCGACCGAGUCCCAAGUCACGGAAGCUCGUGGCGCGAAUUCAAAUAUAGAGGCUGUCCAAUUUGGAAAAUCAGCUGAUGUGGAAUCUGGGCAGGAAGACAUGGCUCAAGUGAGUCCCGACAAUGAGGAAGACAAGACAGAGACAACUCAGCAUGAGGAAGAGAAAACAUUCAAGAAGCCAGACAAGAUCCUCCCCUGUCCCAGAUGCAACAGUUUCGACACGAAAUUCUGUUACUUCAACAACUACAACGUUAAUCAACCGAGGCACUUCUGCAAGAACUGUCAAAGGUAUUGGACUGCAGGCGGGACGAUGAGGAAUGUCCCCGUGGGUGCAGGCCGGAGGAAAAACAAGCAGUUUGCUUCUUCUCAGUAUCGUCAGGCUGUUUUGUCCGUCAAUGGUAUGGCAGCGCCGACUUCCGGAUUAGAAACUCCCAACUCAGCCAAUCCUCGUUUCCUUCCACCUGGUGAAUUUGCUUCUCCUUUAACUCCUCCAGAAGUAAGAGGGUCAGCAGUCUUAAAAUUUGGGCCCGAGGGGACUCUCUCUGAGUCAAUGGACAGUGUGCUAAAUCUCAGGGAUCGCUGUAGAUCUGGUGAGAGGGGUCCUGUUAGUUUCUCCGAAAGUAGAGAGGAACCCUCUUCUGCAAGUGAACUGGAGAGUAACUCAUCGGGAUCUUGUGAUAGUAAUCACAACCCACCUCAGCAGAUCCCUGCUCUCUUCUUCCCUUAUCACUCGAGUUGGCAGAAUUUAGCUACUCCCCUUGGAGCAUAUCCAAGUCAUUUCUCAUCAAAGCAGGUCUAUGAUAGGAAUUCUGUUCAGUGGGGGUCUCCUCCAAUGGUGGCGAUUCCCAGUGUUUGCGCCCAGCCGACCAUUCCCUUGCAAAUAGUACCCACCUCAUACCUGGGAUAUGUUCCAUUUGCUGUUCUGAAUGGUUGUUUGUCCCCAUCUUCUUCGACUGUCACCAAUGGUGGUUGCUCAGGCAGUGGCUCACCAUCACUUGGCAAGCACUUGAGAGAUGGAGAUGUCGAGAGGUCAGAGAGUGACGUUUUGGUUCCAAAAACGCUGAGGAUCGAUGACCCCAACGAAGCUUCCAGGAGUCCCAUAUGGGCCACAUUUGGUAUCAAGCCUUACGAGAAGGUUUCUUCUUCGAUGGUAAAUGGCAAAGUAGAGUGCCAGGGAAACAACUCGGAGGACGCCGCUGACAUAAUGGAAGCGAACCCUGCUGCUCUUUCUCGCUCUCAUACUUUCCAGGAGAGCACAUAAAUGGAUCUUCUUCGUUUAAGUUCGCCCGCUUUGCUUGAGGUUUUUCUUUUGUAAAUAGAGAAAGGAUAGGGAUCUAGUUCGGCGGAUUAUUGAACUUCUUGUUGUGUGAUUCAUUUCAGUUUAGAUGAAUGAAAGCGACUCGAUGCUGCCCAAUUUUUUUUAACAUUC